GUUUGGCGGCUAGGAGGAAAUAAACAAACGAGUGGAUGCUGAAGAAGAAGAAGAAGAAGAAGAGUAACUGACACAGAGCCGCUGCUCCUUCGUCCGCCGUGAUGACAACCAAGAGGCUGGACCCCUUUGAGGUGACGUGUGAGUGGGCGUCCUGCAACUUCAGGGGCUGCACCAUGGAGGAGCUGAGCGACCACAUGUCGUUGCACAUGAAGGAUUUCCUGGGAGACAGCGACGCCCUGGAGGAGCUGGAUGAGUAUGCCUGUCUCUGGAAAGGAUGUGAAUUCCUAUCGAUGGGUAGUCCCACGGAGCUGGAGGUCCACGCUUACUUUCACAACUACCACGGGAAGCUCAAGUUCGUGGGCUCCCAGCUGCUCCAGUCCCGUCCCGACCUGCCCAGCUGCAACCAGGGUUUACACAGCAACAACCUGGUUCCUGAAGGAUCAGAAGGAUACGUCUGCCAGUGGGAGAACUGUGAUUGUUCAUUCAACAACCCUGAGUGGUUCUACCGACAUGUGGACAAUCACAUCCAAAGUGCCGAGUUGCAGUCGUUCUCACAACAACAGCAGGCUCUCUUCUGCCACUGGGCAGGCUGCGACGCUUUCUUCAAGAUCCGGUACCGACUGCGGGAACACAUGCGGAGCCACACUCAGGAGAGAGUUGUCGCCUGUCCCACGUGCGGCAGCAUGUUCUCCAGCAACACCAAGCUGUUCGACCACCUCCACCGGCAGGCCGAGCCAAUGGAUUCGCUUGUUUGUGAACAUUGUGGCAAAGCUUUUUCCAGCGAGAGACUUUUGAGGGAUCACGUUCGUCAGCAUGUGAAUCAGGUCAAGUGUCCCUUCUGUGACAUGACCUGCACGACCUUGGCAGCUCUGAAGAUCCACAUCCGCUUCCGUCACUGUGACGAGCGGCCGUUCCCGUGUGACUUCUGCGACAAAAGAUUCAAGAACCAACAAGAUCUCCAGAAGCACACCGAGGUCCACAACGAGGGGACGGUGUACCGCUGCACGGUCGAGGGUUGUGAUUAUACUUGUCUCACGUUUCAAACCAUGGCUCACCACUUGAAGAGAGCACACGAGGUCGGGGGGAUGUCCAAGUACAAGUGUCACAUUUGUGAUAAGGUCUUCUCGUGGUGUUACACUCUCACACUUCACCUCCGUAAAAAGCACGAGCUGAAAUGGCCGUCUGGACAUUCACGCUUUAGAUACAGGAAGGAUGUAGACGGCUUCUUGAAACUAAACAUGGUGCGAUUUGAGACUGUGGAGGUGACGAAGGAGAUUAUGAAGAACAUGGCCAAAAAACCUCAGAGCCUCCGGAAAAAUCUACGGACGAGGAUUCGGACCAAGAGGGCCGCGGCGAUGCCAGAGAGCGGCCGCAGCUCGCCGGCAGGUUCCUCCUCGCCCUCCUCCAGCUCCUCGUCCUCGUACUCGUCGGAGGAGGACACCUCGGCUCAGCCCAGCCCCAGAGGCAGCGAGUCCCCCCUCUACUGUGUGAUGAGCACCAUCCCUCACAUCGAGGACGAGCCCGGAGGAUUCUCUCAGGAGGACUGUGAUGCCGGCGGGACGUCCGGAGCCGUCAAGGCCUUGACCGAGGUCGCCAGGGGCCUCGGCAUGGACGUGGUGUGAUCGCCCCACUUUGGAUGGUGUGAAAUCAAACCACGUCAUUAUAGAUUUGGCUGUGAAGCUAUCAGUCAUCACUGGAACUGAUAUGUGUGUGAUGUGACGUUGAGAUGGUUCUUCUCACCGCAGGUUUUUAGUGGAACACAGUUUCACUGUAGCAGCUCUUAUUAACUCUACUGCCUCACUACGCUUUGUGACGUCUUGUGUGUUAAACAAGCCGACAGAGUUAUCAUGAAUGAGUGAACAGCACUGCUAAGCUUCUUCUGUGAGCUGUUCACACAGCAGCCUCCGUUUGUUGUGAAUUAUUCCCUGAUGUUGAACAUGAGUAUUUCAGAGGAUCUUAUUUUUUGUAGCCUUUUAAUGUUGCAUAAUUUUAUUGAUAUACAUUUUAAAUACAUUUUUGACACAAACGCAACAUUUACAUGUGUUUUUUGUUUUACUCCUGUAGCCCUGUAUUCAGAUGAGAGAGAUUUACACAUAUUUUAAAAACCUUAUCUUCCUCCCAAAUAUGAGCAUUGAUUCCACCUGGAUGUUCCGUGUUUUGCUGAAUAUAUGAAGGCCUUAUCUUUAUAACUUUAUAUAUAAAUAUAACUUGAAAAAUGUAAAAACCCAUUCAUCUGAAUUUAUUUGAUCAUUUAACCAAUUUAGCGAUGAAACAAAUUGUGUCCGAAUGAACAAGAAGCUGCCGAAAUGAAUCUAAAGAACUUCUUACAAUCCAGUGAGCUUUAUUAGGAACCUUGAUCGGCUUCUUAAAGCUGCUUAAAGAGCGUCUCCUCAAGUAUUAUUUAAAAGCUUCCAGUGACCAGGGUAUUCAGCAGACACAAUGUAUAAAGACGAGUGGUUGUUGUUAUGGGAGAAGCUGCUCUCCUCCUUCCUCCUCAGAGUGCAGACUCUGCGCCCCAUGUGCCAGAAAGCCAGAGCGAGGGCACGGCCGUGUGUGGAGGCGGAGGCGACGGCUUUGGUGACGGGUCCCAUCCUCUGACGUACGCAGCCUCCUGCCUCCUCAGAACCAGAGGCACAAACAGAGAUGGAGCAAAGAAACC